AUACAGAUAUUUAUUAAGUAUACACUAAACAUUCGCGCGCUUCUAAGUCAAUUAAUACGCGUUAAGUGUAAAAAAAUAAAAGAUAAAGACUUAAAAGUGUCAUGUGAUUAGCGACAGAUGACAAAAGAAAAGGUCAGCUAUGAUAACCGAUAUAGAAUCAACACGGGCGAGGGAGACAGAUAUAUUUUACUUCGAAUGCGAAAUCGGAUGGGGUUAAGGUCUUCUGGUAUAAGACGGUACGGAUCAAGAGUGUUCAGUGAGACAGCGUCGAUGCAAAGGUGUGUGAGUGGGAUAUGUUCAGUGGUGGGUGUGGUGGUGCUGCUGGCGGCCCGGGUGGGGGGCAGCGAGUUCCCGGAGCGGGAAUGCUGCGACCCUGUGUACCCCCCAAACACGGCGACGACUGCCGCAGCGCCGAUCACGCCGCCUAUCAGCAAGCUUGCAGGGCCCGGGAUAAAGGGGACUAUGGCGAUACUGAACUGCUUGCUGGCGCGGCAGCUGUGCUUCGAAGACGCCUCCUGCUCCGCCAUCCUGGAGAUUAUCCCGCGCGUCUGCGGCUCUGAACUUGGACGCAACGUGUAA